AGAAAGCAGCUGACCACUCACUUUGCGAGUUCUGCCCACCUUCUCCCGUGACUUCCCUCAUUCUUCUCCGUACUUCUUUUGACUUGCAUGCACCGAACUGUGUGAACUAACAAACGGCCGUCUUUGGUAAUCCCGCAUCAUGACUUUGGUGAACUUGCUUGGGUCGAAGUGGAGACUGGUGCUGAGUGCUCUUUUUAUUUGUAUCAUAAUCUCCGAGUUAGUUUAUUGUCAUAAAGAUGCUCAAGAGCAGAGGAGGAGUCGAGGGAAGGAGGCCAAAACUGGAAAGCCGAAACAGGCCAAAGCAGUAAAGAAAGGGCCCUUGCCUGUAAAACCUAAACCAAAGGUUAAAGCACCAAUGCAGGCUCAGAACUUACUCAUACAGGUGAUAAACAGAGGUAAGUUCAUGAAGGUGGGAGACACAAUAAGCGUGCACGCUGGAGACACUCUGGAGUUGAGGUGCAGGGGGAAACCUGUGCAGUGGGCCCUGCCAUCGUACCUGGAGGAGGAGGAUGAAGGCAGGCUCAGGAUUGUUCAGCAUGAACACUACGGUGUUCUGACACUCAUCAACACUACUGGUGCAGACACAGGGGAGUACACAUGCUACCCCAUGUUCUGUGAGGCUACAGAUUGCAGAAAGAACUACGACAAAGCUAUCAAAGUCUUUGCUUUCUUUCCUGACCCGCAGGAGCUGUUUGUCCCAUCGUCUGACUACUAUCAGGUAAUCCAGCUGAGAUCCAACUGGCCUACCCGCCUUCCCUGCCAGGUGACAUCACCCGCAGCCAAUGUAACGCUGCACCGCGAGUUCCCGCCAGUGGAGGUGGCAGUGGAUGGGACGGAGAUCUCUUUCAACGUGAAGAAAGGUUUCACCAUUCAUCGACCGCGACCUUAUCAUGCAGGUGCUUUGUACUGUGUGGCCAACCUGGGCGGCCUAAGGCAGAGCUCCACGAAGUACAUGCUCAUCUAUGUCAACUACCCCAUGGCUCCCCCCGCACCAGUCAUCCAGGCCAGUUCGACCUCUUUGACUGCUGGUGACAAUCUACGUGUCAGCUGCACUGUGAUGGGAGAGAGGAAUGUGGCAGUAGAGAUCACAUGGGAGUACCCGGGACAGCAGAUCGGGAGGCCUCUGUAUACACUCGAGAGUAUCAAUUCAGUUGGUGGGAGCGCAGCUGGUCAGCAGAUUCAGUCCAUUCUCUUGGUGGACGAGGUGAGGGACGUGGACCAAGGAGCAUACACUUGCACUGGUGAGAAUCUCCAAGGGUCCAAAUCCGUGUCCACCACAGUCAAAGUGCUUCCCAAAGCUAAACCUCCAAAACCAUGAAGCGCCUUUCAUUUGACACCCAGCAUGUUUCACUUUUGUGGAAAAUUCCGAUAAGGACAUAAAACCAGCAGAAAAAUAAUGUGAAUACAUGUAACAUUUAAUAUUGUGCAUCCCAGUUGAUCUAUUAAACUUCUUUUUAGACAUA